CUGCCGGGCUCUUUCCCUUCCGGUUUCUACGCCCUUUCUCCGCGCGCUGGUUUCGACUUGAGCUGUGUAGUGUGGAGGAGGGACAGGAUCCCUCCUCCCUUCUGCUCCUGCUGGGCGGAUCCACUUUGUGCUUGGUUGUAUUUCAGGGGUCCGAAGUGUCAGCGUUAGGCGUGGUGAAGCUUGCUGGCCCCAUGGCCCCACUCGGAGCCUCCCCGCGUCUGGUGCUGCUGUUUAGCGGGAAGAGAAAAUCCGGGAAGGACUUCGUGACCGAGAGGCUGCAGAGCAGACUUGGAGGUAACACCUGUGCUGUCCUGCGGCUCUCUGGUCCACUCAAGGAGCAGUAUGCUCGGGAGCAUGGCUUGGACUUCCAGAGACUUCUGGACACAAGCACCUACAAGGAAACCUAUCGGAGGGGUAUGAUCUCCUGGGGGGAGGAGAGGCGCCAGGCUGACCCAGGCUUCUUCUGCCGGAAGAUUGUGGAAGGUGUGGCCCAGCCUAUCUGGCUGGUGAGUGACACACGGAGGGUGUCUGACAUCCAGUGGUUUCAGGAGGCCUAUGGGGCUGUGACACAGACAGUCCGAGUAGUAGCCUCGGAGCAGAGUCGCCAGCAACGGGGCUGGGUGUUCACAUCAGGGGUGGAUGAUGCUGAGUCAGAAUGUGGGCUGGACAACUUUGGGAACUUUGACUGGGUCAUUGAGAACCAUGGAGAUGAGCAGUGCCUGGAGGAUCAGCUGGAGAACCUGCUGGAAUUUAUUCACACCAAACUUUAGUGAUGGGGGAUGAGCAGAGACUGAUGGGCCGGGUGAACAGUGGUUCUGCCCGACAUGGGUCCCAGUCCCCGCUGAGGUCAGAAAACAGACAGACAGUCUGGCUUUAAGUGGGCAAAUAAAGAAACCUCUGGUGUGUGUGUCUUCCCUAGAGAGGACGCUCUGCCUCUUUAGGGCACUUCAGGGCAAAGGUGAGUGCAUGAGUUUUGCCUGAGGCAAAACUGCCCACGGUGGGGCAGGCCUGCAGAGCUGUGACGUUGUUUCCCUGUGUGUAAGCUCUCAGCUCUGGAAUCCAAAUAAACCUCCUUGGAACACA